AUGGCAGACAUGCUUCCCGCAUUGGAGGUGGCUUUUGUGGAUCGGUUUUGGAAGUGGAACGACGGCAAGGGCCUUCCCGCGAACCCCCGAUGGUGUCCACUUACCACAGCCCAGCAGAAAGACAUUCAUGAAGAGAGCACUUCAUUGACCCUUCUGCCGGACAAUCGAACAUUUCAGAAGGUUGCAGAGUAUGAUUCCGGGAUCAAGCUUUUCCAGUCCGAGGGGAUGUGGAACGUUGAGUCUUGGUCUUAUGUGCGAGCUUUGGUCCGGCCAAUCGGCCCGGACCUUGUACUGAGCGUGCACGCCGACCACAUGACGACGGAGCAAUACUUGAAGUUCGACUGUCGUUCCUGCGUCUCGGCGCGGCUUCUCUUUCAUCUCUUUGUGAGCGACAAGGAGAACUUGUCCAUGAACGUCUUGGGAAUGAGGAUCAAGCGGCGCUGCGUCGAUGAGAAACUCAUCAGUCCUCAGCAGCACGUACGCCUGGUCAGCUCAGUAACCGGGGAGCUCAUGAGCUGCGAGAUAGGGUUCCUCUGGGGCCCACGAGUCCUUGCCGGCCUCAAGCCGCGCAUGCGACUGGUUAAGAAGACCAGGUUUUCCAAAGUUUCCCUUCGCAAGUUCUUUUUGCCAUGCAGUUCUUGA